CCCACUCUCUCCUGCCUCUAGCCGCUCUUCUGCACGUGGUCUUGGCUCGCCCCUUCCCUUCUCGGCAAGAUGGCGGCGCCCGUCUGUAGUGUGCCCGCCCUCUGGGUCCGGGGUUCCCGGCAGCACCUGGGGAGUCUCUUCACUCCCAUCUCAAAGCCGCUUUGUUCUGCUGCUGCUGCUUCUCGGCCCCUAGGUGCCCAGCGAUUAGCCGAGAGGCUCCGAUCCCAGAAACAGGAACAAAAGACGAAGGAGCGGGUGCCCACAAACCCUGUUCAGCGGAGAGUGCAAGAGCUAGUGCGGUUCACAGGGCAGCUGCAGCGCGUCCACCCCAACGUGCUUGCUAAGGCGCUGAGCCGAGGAAUUGUCCACCAGGACAAGGACCUUGUGGUCAUCAAUAAGCCCUACGGUCUCCCUGUGCAUGGUGGCCCUGGGGUCCGGCUCUGCAUCAGUGAUGUACUGCCUGUCCUGGCGAAGGUGCUUCAUGGCCACAAGGCAGAGCCCCUGCAUCUGUGCCAUCGGCUAGACAAGGAAACUACAGGCGUAAUGGUGUUGGCGUGGGAAAAAGAAGUGGCACAUCAAGUCCAAGAGUUGUUUAGAACCCGUCAGGUGACAAAGAAGUACUGGGCCAUCACUGUGCGCGUCCCGGUGCCCGCAGGGGGAGUCGUGGACAUCCCCAUCGUCCAGAAGGAGGUGCGAGGCCAGCAGCAACACCACAAGAUGACACUGUCCCCGAGCUACCGCAUGGAUGGCGAGAAGAUGGUGAGAGUACGGACCAGCCGGAACGCGCACCUGGCUGUGACUCAGUACCAGGUGCUGAGCAGCACCCUCUCCUCUGCCCUCUUGGAGCUCCAGCCUGUUACCGGAAUAAAACAUCAGCUUCGAGUUCACCUGUCUUUUGGAUUGGAUUGCCCAAUCCUUGGUGAUCACAAGUACUCAGACUGGAACAGGCUGGCCCCCCAGAAGCUACCUGCUGGUAUCCUGAAGAAGCUGGGGCUGCCACAGUCCAAGGCCCGCCACAUCCCCCUUCACCUGCAUGCCUGCCAGCUGAUCCUGCCUGCCCUGCAGCCCGGGAAGGAGGAACUCAACCUGGUCUGCAAGCCUCCUCGCUACUUUGUCCAUUCCCUGCGCCGUCUGGGCUUAAAGAUGCCGAGUCGGGGUCAAGAUGGGGACGUGGAAGCUGCACAUCCGGGAGCACAGUGAGGACAGUCAGACAGUUUGCCCUGAAUUCUUCGCUUUGUUUAAGGGAUUCUGCUAACUUCUCCCUUGGGACAGACUCCAGAAGAGCCAGGCAUGAUGAGUUAGAGAAACAGCUGCUUCGGGGCUUUUACUAGAUACUAGCAUCUGUUUUCCAGCACUUUGGCCACGCUCUGGAAAAGCCAGCGGGCAGUCUCCCUUCCUCAGAGUGGAAGAGAACCCAGGACUAGGAGAACGAAAGCAUGGAAUCUGUGAUCAGGAACUGUUUUUACCCAACAAUAAAGCUCUUAAUCUGUCGG